CAUUAUGUUAUCAUACUAUUCUGUUCUACCCUAAGCUUUAUUUUAUUUAUGUGAAACCAAGAGAAAUUUUGUGCUGAGGAGUCUCCCUGUGCUCCAAUGGCAGAAUCAACAAAGAAAAAUGGACACAUAGUGAUGGUACCAUUCAUGGCACAUGGCCACGUCAUUCCAUUCCUAGCACUAGCAAGGCUAAUCCAACAGAGAACCAACUUCACCAUCACCAUAGCCAACACACCCCUCAACAUUCAAUACCUUAGAUCUUCCACUUCCAACACCAACGACAAUCAUAUCCACCUUGCUGAGUUACCCUUCAAUUCUACCCAACAUGGCUUACCCCCCAACAUAGAGAACACAGAAAAGCUCCCUCUUUCUCACAUAAGCAAACUUUUCCAUUCUUCACUCAGUCUCCAAGCACCGCUUCACUCUCUUAUAUCUCAAAUCACAAAACAAGAGGGUCAACCCCCACUUUGCACUAUCUCUGACUUGUUCCUUGGUUGGGUUAACAACGUUGCCAAGAGUUGUGGUACUAGGAACAUAACCUUCACUACUUGUGGUGCUUAUGGAACCUUGGCUUAUAUCUCUAUAUGGGCCAAUCUUCCACAUAGAAAAACUGACUCUGAUGAGUUCUAUGUUCCCGGGUUCCCUCAAAACUACAGAUUCCACAUCACACAGUUGCAUAGAUAUCUAAGACUUGCUGAUGGUAAUGAUGAGUGGUCCAAAUUCUUUCCUCCGCAGAUCGCGUAUUCUAUGGAAUCUGAUGGGUGGAUUUGCAACACGGUUGAGGAGAUUGAGCCUUUGGGAUUGCAGCUUUUGAGGAAGUAUACUGAACUUCCUGUUUGGAGUGUGGGUCCUCUCUUGCCACCGGUUGAACUACAGGGUUCUAAACAUCGUGUAGGGAAGGAACUUGGCAUAGCAACUCAAGCAUGCAUUGAGUGGUUGGAUUUGAAGGAUGAAAGUUCUGUGCUUUAUGUUUGUUUUGGGUCGCAGAAUACUAUAAGUGAAUUGCAAAUGAUGGCUUUGGCUGAAGGGUUGGAAGAGAGUGGAAAAUCUUUUAUUUGGGUUAUAAGGCCACCUUUUGGUUUUGACAUGAAUGGAGAGUUUAGGGAAGAAUGGUUGCCUAGAGGGUUUGAAGAGAGAAUGAGGGAUAGCAAAAGGGGUUUGUUGGUGCACAAAUGGGGACCACAGUUGGAGAUUUUGUCACAUAGGUCAACAGGAGUGUUUCUAAGUCAUUGUGGAUGGAACUCUGUGUUGGAAAGUCUUGGUAAUGGGGUGCCCUUGAUUGGGUGGCCACUGGCUGCAGAACAAGCAUACAAUGUGAAGAUGUUGAUGGAGGAACUGGGGGUUGGUGUGGAGCUUACACGGACUGUGGAAAGUGUCAUUUGUGGGGAGGAUGUGAAGAAGGUGAUAGAAGUGGCUAUGGAUCAUGAAGGGAAGGGUAAGGAGAUGAAGGAGAAGGUAAAGGAGAUUGCGGUUCACAUGAGAGAGGCAACAACAGAGAAGGGUGAAAUGAAGGGGUCUUCGGUGAGAGCAAUGGAUGAUUUUGUUAGAACUAUUUUGUCAUCUAAGGAUCCAUGAUUUUUUACAUUUUGAGUUUGAAUAAUAAUCAAGUUGCUUAUGUAAUAGAUUUCCAAUUAGAUUGAAACAUGUUUGAUAAUUAUUGAUAACUCAAAGAUUAAG